CAGGCCUGUGUGAGCCCGAGGGACCGCAGGCCAGGGCAGUGCUGCGGGUCCCGCCGGACCGACGCCUCGGUGACCGCCCGUGUCCGCUGCCAGCCACUCCGGGGAAGACUCUGCGGACGCUCACAAUGGGAAGCAAAGGAGGGGUCGUCCUGCUGGAGGUCGUGCUCACCCUGGCUGUCCUCUGCCACUUAGGUUCCAGCCUGGAGUGCUACAGCUGUAUGGGGGGGAUUUCUCCCUGCACCACUGUCUCCAACUGCACCGCCAAUUUCGAUGCGUGUGUCACGGUCAAAGCUGAGCUGCUCACGUACUACCACUGCUGGAGGUUUGACGACUGCACCUACGACUAUAUUUCCAAGGCCUUAGGGGAGGAUAAGCUCACCUACCUCUGCUGUCAGAAGGACCGCUGUAACCGAGGGGCAGCCCUGUCCGGGACGAUGGCCCUGCUGGCCACCCCGCUGCUGGCAGGAGCCCGGGAACUGUGGUUUUGG